AUGAUUGGAACCAAGACGACGUUAUUGAGACUGUUACUGUUUAUACUCAGCGUCGUGUCGCUUAACGCCGUGCAGUUUGAUAUCCGACGCCACGAUGAAAAGUGUCUAAGCGAUGAGGUGGCACAGGGCAGCCUCGUUGUGGUGCAUUAUGACGUGAUUGGUGGUCAGCGCGGCCAGUCGGGCGUCUGGUUGACUAUUACGGACCCCCUGCAUAGUCUCUUGAAGCAAGACAACAACAUUGACACGUCCUCGGAUGAUACGCACAAGUUUUCAUUCACAGCGAACGCUGGUGGUAAUUACGCCGUGUGCUUUAGUAAUAACAAUGACAAGCCUGUGCGUGUUAUGCUGGAUUUCAAGCACGGUGUUGAAGCGAAGGAUUACACGGAAGUAGCCAAGAGAGAACAUCUUAUGCCGGUGGAGAAGGAGCUUCGUAAGAUGGAGGAUACAGUGGAUGAGAUCCAUCGAGAGAUGCUCUAUAUGCGCGAACGCGAGGCUAUGAUGCGCAACACGAACGAAUCGACGAACGCGCGCGUGCUCUGGUUCAGUUUCUUUUCCAUUGUCGUGCUUCUGGGUAUGGGAAUAUGGCAGGUCUUGUACCUUAAGAAGUUCUUCAAGAGUAAGAAGCUCAUUUAA